AACACGACGACUGCCGGUGCCGGCUAUCGGUUUCGGUAUCGUCGGCUGUUAAACCAAGCUAAACAAGAUCAUGUUAUUAUUUACUGAGUUUUACACAGUUUUAAGCUUUACUUUACCAUGAAUAUGUACAGUUAUAAGUUACUUUUAAGUAUUAUUUGUGUAAAUUUUAAUAAUAUCGUUUGUUUGUCAAAGUUUAGUUUGGAUUCGUCGAAUGGAAAGGUUAUUUGGACACUGGAAAACAAAAAUAGAUCGAUCUCAGUCCAGGGUUCUGUCCCGGGUGGCGUCUACUCCGACCUCCAGAAGUCUGGCGUCAUCGAUGACGUGCUGCAGGGCUCCAACGAUGUCCUCACUCGCUGGGUCGCGUACGACACUUGGACUUAUACCGGGAAAUUUAAUGUUAGUGGCGAAAAUUUGGAACAUGCAGUUGCACAGUUGGUAUUGGAGGGUGUGGACACAGUUGCUUACAUCGAGCUGAACAGUAUACCGAUUGGUUCAACCGAUAACAUGUUUGUGAGAUACGUUUAUGACGUCAGGCAAUACCUCCAGAUAGGCGAAAACGAGCUGAAGUUCACAUUCGAGUCACCGGUAAAGUUUGCUAAGGCUCGAUCUGACAAGUAUUUCACAGCACCUGAUUGUGUACCCGCUGUAUAUAAUGGAGAGUGUCACGCGAAUCAAAUCCGAAAAAUGCAGGCUUCCUUUAGUUGGGACUGGGGACCAGCGUUUCCGUCUGUUGGCAUCUGGAGACCAGCUACAAUAGAAUUUUUCAACGCCGCCGUCAUAAGAUCUCUUAUGACAUAUACGGAGAAAAGGGACACAACGUGGUUCUUGAAGACAAAGGUUUAUUUACAAACUGGUGAAAACGUUCGACGUGUCAAGGGUAACUUGAGUGUGUACUUAAGUGUAGAUGGACACCAAACAUUUAAAGUUGCAAAACAACUUGAUGUAUCAACCAAAGAUGAUGGAACAGUUGAAGCUGACAUUGAUAUGAACAUUAGUGCGAAUGUAAUAACCGAAUGGUGGCCCAAUGGAUAUGGUGAACAAAAACUGUAUAAUUUAUUAAUUUUCCUAAGAACAGAAGAGAAGGAUAGAGAGAUUUCGUAUAAACAUGCCAAAAUAGGAUUUCGUACCAUAGAAUUGGUGGAAGAAGAUGCUGCCUUGAUAUUCGGAAACGACACCAGGGCAGGUCACGGUUUGACAUUUUAUUUCAAAGUCAAUGGUUAUCCAAUCUUCAUGAAGGGGUCCAAUUGGAUACCUUCAAAUAUUCUGCCAGAGAUUGGGGAGAACAGAAAAACCAUCGAUAAUCUACUAACUGCAGCCCACGAUGCCCACAUGGGAAUGCUUCGAGUAUGGGGAGGAGGAAUUUAUGAGUCAGAUUAUUUCUACAGGCGCUGCGACGAACUCGGUAUUUUGAUAUGGCAAGACUUCCUCUUCGCUUGCUCCAUGUAUCCUGUGGAUUCUAAAUUUCUUACAACCAUUACAAAUGAAAUAGAACAUAACGUGAUCCGUCUUCAGCACCAUCCCUCUAUCGCCGUAUGGGCAGGUAACAAUGAAAACGAAGUCGCACUCCGAGGGAACUGGUACAACACGAAUUCAGAAUUCGAAAAAUACAAGAGCGAAUAUAUUAAACUAUACGUGGAUACAAUAAAACCAAUUGUUGAGGGAAUUGAUCCAGGAAGACGGUACCUUGUUUCGAGUCCUUCAAAUGGACGCAAGAGUGAGGAGGAUGGAUAUAUAGCACAAAACCCGUACGACCCAAAUUAUGGCGAUACGCACUAUUACAAUUAUUUGGCAGACAGUUGGGACAGCAACAUCUACCCUAAAACGAGGUUUGCAUCUGAAUAUGGUUUCCAAUCGUUGCCAUCUAUCGCAACUAUGAGAACAGCUACGAAUAAAACCGAGGAUUAUCACGUUGAUAGCAAUUAUUCUAAACACAGGCAGCACAGUCCAGCUGGAUAUAGUUUUAUAGAAGCCCAGAUUAAUCGGCGUCUGAAUCUUGAUAAGAAUGAUACGAAAUAUUUUGAAAAAUUUAUAUUUUACAGCCAGAUAUCACAAGCUAUGGCAAUAAAAGCAGAAACAGAGUUCUACAGACAAAGCCAAACGAACUGGUAUACGAUGGGAGCUCUAUAUUGGCAGUUAAAUGACGUAUGGCAGGCGCCCUCUUGGUCUGGCAUCGAAUUCGGUGGUAAAUGGAAAAUGCUUCAUUAUUUUGCGAAGUCCUUCUUUGCUCCAGUGUUGGUAUCACCACGGCUGACCAAGACAGGUGAUGUGGAUAUAUACCUCAUAAACGAUAGAUUCGUACCAAUAAUAGAGGCCAAAAUAAUAUUAGACAUCUUCAACUGGAGUACUUUAACGCCUAUUGCGUCAAAGUCGUAUCCAGCUGACGUAGGACCACUUAAUGCCAGGAAACAGGCGUCAUAUACUCUAUGGAACGCUGACAAUAAAGAAGAAAUCUUUCUUAGAUUUUCUUUGAAAGCCGAAGGCGUUGAUUGCUCCCCUUACAAUUAUUUGUUCCCCGUACCACUGAAGAGUGCUAAAGGACUAAAAAAUCCAAACAUUAACAUUGCUGUUCAGAAAAUGGAUGAACAUAAUAAAUUCGAAAUAAAAAUAAACGUUGACACUGUAGUACUAUUUCUUUGGCUAGAAGCAGAAUCGAUAGAUGGAAAAUUCGAGAAUAAUGGAUUUAUUGUAACGGAGGCGAGUUUCAAUGUUGAAUUCACGACGCAAAGUACGAUUAGUGCAAAACAACUCGAGAAAUUAAUUACUUACCAAUAUUAUUUACAUUAAUAUUUGUCAACUACAAAAUAUUUGUACCUAUAAUGUGACUCUUGUAUGUUUUUGAAUCUAGGAAAUAAACAUUUGUAAUAUCAUUUAUAAAAACA